AUGCAUGGGGCCAUGCACGUAUCCAUGCAAUGGUGGUCCGCUUGCAGAUUUUGCUGCCCGAAGCAGUCUGGAGGACUUGCAGUAUGGGCCCUCUGUGGCCCCUGGUGCCCCGGGGGCCAACCGCACCGCCCUUGUCAGCCGCCCUGGAGAGGAUGGGGGUCUUGGCUGCCUGUCGAGUGUCCGAACCAACCGGCUUGUUCCUUCCGCCAUGUGCGGAUGACCAUGGGGGUCUCGAGGCGCCGCCCUCCGGUAAUUCUCUUCCUGCUCGGGCUGGGGUUGGCCAAGUUAUGGGCUUUUCCGCUCUUCAUCCGCGCGACCGUGAAGGGGACUCUGGCUUGGAGGAUGGCGCCAUUUAUUCUCGACGAUGAUCGACAGAGCCCCGAGACAGGUCAGCCAAACACCACCGCCGCUCCCGCCAAUCCCGCCUACCCGGGCGCGCGCGUCGCAGAGGUACCGCCCGAAAGGGACACCAACCAAACCGCCGCCGAGGUCGACCGCGCCGAGGAUAUCUCGGUGGCACUGGAAUGGAAGCUGCUGUUCCCGCUCCUUGCGCCGGGGGUGGAGGACCCGCGACCCGACGACGGACGACGGCUUGUCGAAGCGCGAUGCCAGGACGACGAGCAGCAAUGCCUAGAGCAGGCCCACGACUGCGUGGCUCAAACGAUCAGGGAUGCCGGCGAGGAGGCCGUCACCAUGCAUUCCCUCCUGACGGCGGGCAUCGAGGAGAAGGAGUGUUGGGCUUCCGGCUGGGUGGUCAAAAAGGCAAACUCGGCGGAGCCGCUGGACGAGGAGAAGGCCCUUGAGGGAUAUAUCUGGGUCUCGGUUGAGAUCUGCUCGCCCAAGAUGCGGUUCAAGGAUGGGCAAACAUGUAUCCGGAUGCACAAGGUUCUGGAUGCGCUCAACUCGAGCCACCGCCUGGCCGCCAACUGCUCUUGCGAGGUACAUAUCCACCUCGGGCGGAUGGAUGGGCGAGCCUGGUCUCUAUCGACGCUGCAGAGACUCGGUUCCUUCUUGUGGGUGGCCGAACCGACCCUACGGAGCAUCAGGGAUCCAGCUUCCCCGAACUUUGACAACACGUUCACCUGGGGAUUCGCCAUGCGACAGCGCAGUCGGCUGGCAAACCAACUCGAGGAUAGUGUCCCGGAGGCCGCGGAACCCGAAGCCAUCUCGGAUCGACAAAUCAACGCCGCCCUUCAGAGACGGCCGGAAACCCCGACCAAAGAGGUUGCCGCAUUCGUAGAGAUAUCGAAGACGGCUUCUCACCUGGAGCUCGGCCGGCUACUCUCUGGCCCCGAGAAGAUGUACAGGCGACUGGGAUUCAAUUUCAGCGCAUUUGGAGAAGAAGACGAACGGGCGAGACGAAAUCCUCGCACAAUGGAAUUCCGGAUGAUGGAUGGUUCAGUCGACGUUGGUCUCAUCAUGGGGUGGCUCGCCAUUUGCGGAACCAUUGCAGAAACCGCGGUAAAGAAGGACGAGCUCUGGAGGGGUUGGGUGAUCGUCGCGGAAGGGAGUUUCGGAGCUUGA